AUGAAACUCGAGGACCUGGAGUCCAUCCUUGCGACUGUGGCAGAGAGCUGCGAGCGUCUGGAUCAGAGAUUGCGAAGCGCCAAGGAUGCCUACGAACGGAUGAAUCACUUGGCCCAUCAGCAGCUAUGGUCGCAGCCUUCGGAAUGCCAGCAACUGGAGCUGGAGCUGGACCAGCACCGGGACGCCACCUUUGGGCGUCAGCUGCUGGCGCCCUCCAAAGGCGCCACCGGAAAAGGCGCGCUGCUGCUGCGGGAGGCGCCAGCAAUACGGCUGCCAUCGCAACUUUUCCUGAGGCAGGAAUGGCUAUCAGCCUGGCGGAGUCUCACGCCUUCACAACGCUUCCAGCUGGAAGACUUUGAGGCCAAUAUGUUCGCAGUGGAUCCAGGCGAUCGAGAACACUUCCUUUUGACAAAGGAGGAACUGCUGGAGCUCCGAGCUCAAGGGCUGGAGUGCCAUUUCGAGUCCCUCCUGCACUUCAGGCAGGUCUGUCGCGUCAACGCGCAACGCCUGGGGCUGGGAGCCGCUCUCUUCACCAGGGCUUCCAAGCUGACGCACUCCUGCAGACCCAACUGCUACACCGUGGAAGACGGCUGUCUGGAGCUUCGAAGCCUGAGAGAUCUGUCGCCACGGGAGCUGUUAACCAUCAGCUACAUUGCCGAUGAGAAGUUGUUACUUCAAGACUCCGAGACCAGGCGUCGUUACCUCUGGCGCCAGCACUGCUUCCACUGCCGCUGCGACCGCUGCGAAGGGCCUGACCUCGCCGUCCCGGCACCGCGAGCGGUGCGGCUCGCCACUGCGCCGGUGGAGCGGUGGCGACGCCUGGAACGACGUGUGGGAAAUCUGCUGAAGCCGGAAUUGGAAGGCGAAAGUUGGAGCGUCCUCUGGCGCGAACUGAUGAUUUGGCAGACGGAGGCCUCCGAAGCGCUGCCCUCCGAGCACUGGGCCACGGUGCACGCUGCGCUGCUGGUGAGUUACCUGGCCAUGCGGCGGCACUCGCAGGGCUUUCCACUGCCGCUGAGUGUGGCAAGAAUCUUGCAGGGUUUCAGUGGUUUCCUGCAACUGCACCAAAGACUUUGCCCUGAAGUUUGGUGGUUAACCGACGAAGUUCAGGUGCAGCUCCAGGAGCUGCGUCUUUUGCUCUCGCGCGACCUGGACGUGAACAUGGCGCCGCUGCUUCCAGCCGCGCUCGUCGCGGGAGAGUUGGAGUUGUUGAUGAAAGAUGAACCAGAUGGUCUCAACGGAAUGGACUGA